AUGAGGUCUGGCAAGAAGGGGAAAUUGAGUCCGAGAUUCAUUGGACCUUUCGAGGUCUUGGAGCGAGUUGGCCCCGUAGCUUACCGAUUGACAUUGCCCCCAGCACUGCCUUCAGUUCAUAAUAUCUUCCAUGUUUCGAUGCUAAGGAAGUAUAUAACAGACCCAUCCCAUGUAGUUGACUAUGAGCCCUUACAGUUGAAUGAUAACUUGAGCUACAAGGAGAAGCCUAUAGAGAUCCUCGCCAGAGAGGUAAAAACAUUAUGCCGCCGGGAAAUUGCUUUUGUGAAAGUCCUGUGGCAGAAUCACCAGUUCAAGAAAGCUACUUGGGAGCGAGAGGAUGAGAUGAAGGCCCAUUACCCGGAGCUUUUUCAAGAAUGA